UACGUAUAUAUAGUAAUAUCUCCUAAUCCUCCAAUCUCUCUCUUAUUUUCCCCAAAUCAAAAUCACAAUAAUCCCUAAAUCUAACCAAUCCUCAAACCCUAAUUUCGCCGUGUAUUGCAAUGUCAAAUAACGUACCUCCUUCAACAUCGUCAGCAUCUAAUUCGUCGUCAUCAUCGUCACAAUAUACAUACUCUAACGGCACAUACUUUCCGACGCCGUUUCAUCUCCAACAACAACAACAGCCUUACAUAGGUGCUGCUCCACCGCCGCCGGUGCAGCAACUUUCUGCUCCUUCCGUUUAUCCUGCUCCGACUCCUAUUCCAGGGGUUUAUACUUUGCCUCAAUUUCAACAAGCUCAGCAGUUAUUCCAAAGAGAUGCGCAAACAAUCACACCUGAAGCACUUGAAAAUGUGAAAGCUGCACUUGCGAGCAGCGAAAUUGAGCACAAAGCUGAGGCCAAGAAGAAAGCUAUACCUCGUAAGGCAGCAGGACAUAGUUGGGAAGACCCUACUCUCGCGGAGUGGCCAGAGAAUGAUUAUCGUCUAUUCUGUGGUGAUCUUGGGAAUGAGGUGAAUGAUGAUGUCCUAUCAAAAGCCUUUUCAAGGUUUCCCACCUUUAAUAUGGCUAAGGUUGUGAGAGACAAGCGGACUGGUAAGACCAAGGGAUAUGGAUUUGUGAGUUUUUCCAACCCAUUGGACCUUGCUGCGGCACUUAAAGAAAUGAAUGGGAAAUAUGUUGGAAACCGGCCGAUUAAACUCCGCAAGAGCAAGUGGCAAGAGAGGAUUGACGUCGAAGCUCUGGAAAGUCACAAGAACCGGUCACAUAAGAAACCAAAGACAGCAAAGAAGGGUAUAUUUCACAAAUGAGCACCAAUCAUGAUAAUGGCUCUAACAGCAAGAUACUUGAGAUGUAUUUUAAAUGUGUAUUAAUCAAUUUCUUCACCAUCGCCGCUGUUUCGAAAGCAGGGACGAACGACAUUCCCAAGAUACAGAGCUAGGAUUAUUUCAACCUCCGAAUUUGUUAUUCUCAUUGCUAUAUCCAUCAUUUGCUGGUUAAUGUAUUUCUUCCUCCUUUUAAGCGCAGUAAGAGUUGUGGAUAAUAAAUCCUUUAAGCAACAAUAUAUCGGUGGAUGGGGAGAAACUAGUUGUGAUUUGGAAACUUUGGUUCGUUCACAAGAUAUUUGCAGUUUCAUACUUCCAUUAAUGGAUCGGUUAAAUAUUAAACCUAAUGUAGGUGUACUGACGAUGAUUAAGUUUUAAUCUUACUUGGUGGUUCCCUUUGCUUCCGUAAA